GAAGGGUGUCGGUUUCUUGCUCCAUGAAAUCGAGCGUGGCCAGGAUUGUUCGGUUGAAGUAGGAGAAAUUCGCAAACUGCCUCCAAAUGAUGGAAGUAAGUGAAGUGCCCGCGACGCACCAAACAAGUGUGCCACUCGUGACCCCACAGUUGCCCCUGGAUUUUAGUGUCACGAUGGUGAACAUUAAGCUGAAUGUGAGUGCGACAGGCAACAACAGUAACAACAACAGUAUGAUUUUGCUGAACAGUAAGGAAGGCUCCGUCGGUCCGGCGACGCCGUCGGUGGGAAUGAACGACGAAAACGCGGCCAGUGCCGGCAACCGGGCCAUCCUCUCGGGACCCGCGAGCCCCAACCUGCUCCUAUCGCCGGCCAGCAACCCGGCUUCCAACGGAACCGGCCACGGUGCGUCGAUGACAAGUGCUUUCAAGGUGGUGACGCCGAGAGGAAAAGCCGACGCUACCGGGCCUCCUCAGAACGGCUUCUCACCCCUGCUCUUCAACAACGAUCUGCUGGUCAAUCACUACCGCCGGCUGCUGCAUCCGGUCGCGGCGGCCGUUCCCCGGCUUCCAAACGGUUCCAGUGGCUUCAACGACGUGCCUGAGCCACCGCUGAAGGUGGCCCAACGAGAUGACAUCAAGUUCGGAGUCAGCCGGUUGGUCAAGAACGAAUCGGAAGACGAGGACAACAACAAUGUCUACCAUCACCAUCCGCCACAUCCGCAUCAUCCGCACCACCACCACCACCAGCAUCUGCAGCAGCACUCGGCUCUCCACCAGCACGCUAUCGUCGGUGGCCCCAAGCUGUCCACGCUUUCCAACGGAUACGACUCGAGCGCCUUGAGCAGUCGGUCGCGAUCGCGAAGUAGAUCCCGGUCCCGCGAUCGCUCCAUCCGCUCCCGGUCUUCGUCCAUCGAGCUGGAGGUGGACUCACCGCCACCGCCUCGAAUCCUGCCCUCGCCGACGACGACGGAAAUUCCGCACGUUCCGAAAAACUCGGAAGCCUUUUCGGUGUCGGCGCUGCUGAAGCGCGAAGAUGAGCCAAAAUCAAAAUCUCCCCUCUCGAACGGUUCGUUCGAUGCGGUCAGGCCCUCCUACAGCCAGUUUUACGAGCAAAGCCUUCUCAACAGGCCACUGUUUCAUCCGUUUCCCCUGUUUGCGAUGCUCCAGCAGCAAGGACAUCAGCUGAACCCUGCGUUGGCCAACUAUCACCCGUCGACACCGGAGGAUAUCCUGCGGUUGCGUCACUUUAUGACGCAAAACGCGGCCGUCGCUAGUGCGGGCACCGGACCGGCUCAUCUGGACUUUAGCCAUCCGCAUCACCCGCACCACCUGCUGAUGCGACCAGAAGCUCACCCUCGAAGGACGCACAACGGGAAGCGGCCGUACGCCUGCGAACUGUGCAACAAGUCGUUCGGACACGAAGUGAGCCUCAAUCAGCAUCGGACGAUGCACAAUGUGGAGAAAGUGUUUGAGUGCAAACAGUGCGGCAAAGCCUUCAAGCGUUCCAGUACCCUCUCGACGCACCUUCUGAUCCACAGCGACACCCGGCCCUAUCCGUGCGGAUUCUGCGGGAAGCGGUUCCACCAGAAGAGCGACAUGAAGAAGCACACCUACAUCCACACGGGCGAAAAGCCCCACAAGUGUCAGGUGUGCGGUAAGGCCUUCAGCCAGAGCUCGAACCUCAUCACGCACUCGCGGAAGCACACCGGCUACAAGCCGUUCCAGUGCGAGCUCUGCCACAAAGCAUUCCAGCGCAAGGUGGACCUGCGGCGCCACAAGGAAACGCAGCACACCGAGAUCCGCACGAUGGUCAACUAACCCAAGGCCCGGCCGGAGUUCACCGUGACGACACCCGUGACCAGCGCGGCGCCGGUGAGCCUGCCCGGCCUGCCCACCGGCGGACAUCAUCCUCCACCGCUGGUCGAGUCCUCGGGCGAGGACCCUCAUUCGCCCUCGUCACCAUCCGGAUCUUCGCUGUCGUCUCCGAGGGCGACGGAUGGUGGCGAGUUCAUCAUCAUCGACUGAGCGGCCCAGGCUGGUAAUCUCCCGCAAAAAACAAAACGGUGUUCUGUGGCC